AUGUAUAACAAGGUCAAAAGAGUCGCUGCCAUACGCCUGGACUCUGCCGAGAUAUCAAGACUGUUAGGCUCAUAUCCAAGUUGGAAUUAUGACGGUUCCAAGCUUACCAGAAACUUAACUUUACGAGAUUUUGAGACCACUUGGUCGUUUCUUAACCAAAUUGCAAUGAGAAGUCACUUGUGGGGACACCAUCCAACGAUAACCACUAGUUACAACAAAGUUAGCUUACAGUUGACCACUCACGAUGUUGGCGGUGUGAGUAAUAUCGAUAGGAAGAUGAUUGAGAAGAUUGAAAGCUACUGUGUAGGUCGAGAAGAGACAGACGGAAAUAAAUAA